UCCUAGAUAACACGUCUACCACGCACAUAUUGUAGUUGACACAGAUCUGGCCCGGUUUUAGUUUUUCAGACAUAGUUCAACAUGAGCGAAAAAGGAGCUAACCCCAUCGACACGGAACCCAUCACUUUAACAAGGUUCAUUUUAGCUGAGCAGAAAAAGCACCCGUCAGCCACCGGUGACUUUUCUCAAUUGAUCAAUUUCAUACAGACGGCAGUGAAAGCGGUGUCCUCGGCUGUCAGGAAAGCUGGCAUUCAUAAAAUAUUUGGUAUGUCCGGUACAGAGAAUGUGUCUGGAGAUGACCAAAAAAAGUUAGAUGUUUUGGCCAAUGACCUGUUUAUUAACAUGCUUAAGUCUUCCUAUCUAACUUGUCUUCUGGUGUCGGAGGAAAACGAUCAUGCAAUUGUCGUGGAACCAGAGAAAAAGGGCAAAUAUAUAGUGACUUUUGACCCCUUGGAUGGAUCCUCAAACAUAGACUGUCUAGUAUCAAUCGGGUCUAUUUUUGCUAUUUACAGAAAGAAAGAUGAUGGACCUGCCACUGAGAAGGAUUGCUUGCAGAGUGGGAGGGAGUUGGUGGGGGCAGGAUAUGCCUUAUAUGGUAGUGCCACAAUGAUUGUUCUGUCCAUUGGAAAUGGGGUCAAUGGUUUCAUGCUUGAUCCAUCUAUUGGAGAAUUUAUCCUGACUGAGCCCGACAUAAAAAUCAAACCCCGAGGAAAGAUCUACUCUAUCAAUGAAGGUUAUGAACAAUUCUGGGACAAAGCUACUGCUGAAUAUGUACAGAGCAAAAAGAGACCAAAGACAGGGAAACCAUAUGGAGCAAGGUACAUUGGAUCAAUGGUAGCAGAUGUUCACAGAACCCUUGUCUAUGGGGGAAUAUUUAUGUAUCCUGCAACUUCAGAAGCACCCAAGGGAAAGCUAAGAAUGUUGUACGAGAGUAUCCCCAUGGCAUUCAUUGUGGAACAAGCUGGAGGGCUUGCUGUCACAGGAACACAGAACAUUUUGGAUAUUGUUCCACAGACAAUUCAUGAACGAUGUCCUGUGUUCAUGGGCUCCAAGGACGAUGUACAGGAUGUCAUUGACCUAUACAAGAAACAUGGUCUAUAGACAGAGGGGAUGUUCUUUGGCUGUGUCUAAGACAAUUUGUUCUGACAGCAAAACAUUAUUGGUGAUAUAUUUUCAUAAAUGCAUUUUACAAAUAUGGUCUCAUAAGCAUAAUGUCAUAUAUUGUUUGCAUUGAAUCAUCUGCUUUGUAGUGAAGUUGUAGUCAUAUACUGAAGGUUUAUACAGAUAGUAUAGCAUAUGUAUAUACAGUGCAAUUGUAAUUUUAUUAUCUACUGCAAAACUUGUUAUAAAACAGGUAUAUGGAAUCUAGCUUCUUUUGAAGCUUUAUUUUCACUUGAAGUACAUGAAUAAUGUGGGAUUGUUACCUAAUCAUUCAUAUUCAUACAUGCAUGUAUGUACACUGUAUUCAAAUGGAUGAAAGGAAUUGAGAAUUUUUUGUUUUCUUAAGGUAAUCAUAUUUUGUGUUACCAGGAUUUUGUUUAUACUUUUAUUUGGAGCUCAUUUUCUACCCUUUAUUGUAAAGUGACUCUAUUCAUUAUUUUUGACAGAAUUCCUUAAUAUGAUUGUGCCAUUUAAAAAAAAUUGUAGGAUAUGAAAAUGUUAAAAUAUUGUAGC